CUGAGGAAUGCGAGCUCGCCCAACACUACCACCCGCUCAGCUUCCGUCGAGCUUACCACUCUUCACUCGUGUGCGUGUUUGUGAGUAGACUGUAUUGUUGCUGCGAUAGUAUUGUCUGGUUCACCCAGCCGUUCAUCCUCCUCUGCGUGUCAACCAAUCGUUUCAGCACCGUACCUUGAUAUCCGUGCACGCUUGCUCGCUGGAUUCCGGGCGCGCUAUGACAGUGACAGUCUGACCUGUCUGACGGUCCUCCGAGAGCGCCCUUUGUUCGUUCCUUCGUCCUCCUCGAACCUACCAACGCCUUACCCAAACACCAGACCUCUGCGACGGGCCUCUGCCUCGAACCCGGAAGCACUGCUUGCUCUCCGCUCAGUGCCUGGGUGCUCUCUCCAUGCAUUGCUUCUCCUAGCAACAUUCGGGUGCGAGCUUCACGCCUGUUCCACCUCUCUUCACAAGAUAGACGGCGAGCGAUAGCAACAUGGCAACCUCGAUGCUUUCCUCGGGCGGCAUUGCCCUUGUCGGGGCUCCGGAUAGCGACGCCGGACUUAAGGACGGCAAACAACCGCCUGUGCAGGCCAUGCAGGUGGACAUUACCCAAGACAUUGUCGACGAGCUCCUAGAAAGCGUCAGGAGCGGGAAAUCGCCGCAGAUCAUCUUUGGACGGACUCCUCAACUCAAGUACGGCGACAAGACGCACAUGCUGCAGAGCAGCACCGAACUCCACCGAUACGAACUGUACAAGUCCAGCGGGACUGGUAGCGACGACAGCCUCGAGUUUGCUGGUCUGAUCAACCAUAGCCUCCUGGUACACAAGGCCGAAGAUGUGACGGCAGGCGUAGACUCGGCGCUGGAGCAGCUCAGGAGUAACAUGGCAGCGAUAUCAGAGUUCAAGGAAGCCAACAAGACCAUUGUUGGCGACGCUGCUCCCGGCCGCACACCAGCCCAUCGUCGCUUCCCUUCGACGGGCUUCAAGGCACACCUCGGUCCUUCCAUGAUGGGCUCGCCCCUGCUCAGCGCUGCUUCCUCGCCCAUGCACAAGCGCGCACCCACGUCGCAGCCGAGCAACAGCCACGACACCAUUGUCAGCGCCCUGAGGGUCCCCAUCAUCCACCUCCUGGCUCGCGAGCCAGCCACCGAAGCUUCUCUCGCCGCCACCUGCCGUACCUCCUUGGCCAUCAUAAGGGAUGUCUUGCCCAAAAUAGCCAAACGCUCCACGGCCGAUGCCGACAAGUGGCAGCUGACAGACAAGUCGUUCCGCGAGGUGAACCCCUUCAAGUUCCCCUACCAGAGCCCUGAGGACCGCCAGCAAGCCAUUGAUGGCGCAAUCAAAUCUUUUGACCGCCAACGCCUGGCCAAGGACGACAAACUCUGGCAGAUUCUGCUCCCUCGAGACCAGCGAGGCCAGGGCAUAUGCCUGUCGCGCUCAACCGUCAAGGCCCCAGAAGCCAAGCCCAAGGCCAAAGCAAGCACUCCCAUGCACAAGAUCUCAGACCUUACCAAGAAGAAGCCCGUUGCAAAGAAGGUUGCUGAUAAGCCUGCGGUCGAGAAGAAGCCCAAGGUCGCAAAGGAGCCGGAGAUCAAGCCCAAGUCGUCCAUCAAGGAAAAGUACUUGGCUCGGGAGAAAGAGAAGGAGAAGGAGAAAGAGAAACAAAAGGCCGCGGUGAAUGUGAAAGAAGUGAAGGAGGCGCCCACGGCUACCGCUCCAACCACUUCUGCACCUUCGAGCUCAACACCUCGCCCUGUCGCACCUUCCAAGCCCAGCAUGCCUGGUACUGACGCUCCAGAAAUUCGCACCAAGAAAGUAUCUGCUCCUGAAGGCAACUCCAACCCACGUGCGAAGCCCAAGAUGUCUGGCCGCGAGUCACAGAGGGACCGUCCUACCAACAGGCCCUUCAAGCCUACCAUGCCAAUCAACACCAAACCGAAGAAUCCUUCACCGCUUUCCGCCUCACCGCCUGUAAAUGCCAGCGACUUUGAGGACUCACACCCAGUUCACAAAGCUCUUGCUGCCGCUCCAUCGCCCGCCAAAACCGCUGCUGGCAACUCGGAUAGCUCGCUCAAGCGCAAGGCCAACAACAUCGACAGUGAUAUCCACAAUCACCUCGCCGUAAAGAAGCAGCAUGUCGACCGUUCGACUGCAACCCACACACCCUCGCAUGCCAACAGCAAAGCCACUGGCUCUACGCCUUCCAGUACCAGCUCCGUGAAGCGCAAGUCUGACGAUUCAUCCUCGUCCAACACCCCCUCUACCGCGCCCAAGGUCCGCAAGGUUGCCAACAUCGACACCGGCCUUGCUUCGCGCUAUCAUCACAAUAACCCUCGCGCAUCUCCAGGCGCUUCAUCAACCUCGACUACCUCACCCUCGAUGCCCAGCUUGAGUUUCCGCCAAACUGUCGAGCUUUCGCAGAAGUUCCAGAAGUACUACAAGAGAUACGAAGAGCUGUACUGGAAGCUGACUGAAGCGGAGAAGCCGCCGACUGAAGCACAGAGGAACGACCUCCUAAAGAUGCAUAAGAAGCUUGAAGAGAUGAAGAAAGAAAUCAAGGCUGGUGCCGGCGUGCACCGAUGAAGACUCACGCCACCCUGUCGUCUACGACACUGCGCCUAGUGCGCGCAUGAUUUACCACAGUACAGCUUGCAUAUAUACCCACGGCCUACCAGUCCCAUGAGAAUGGCGGCGAUUUGCAUACCCAAAAAGGCGUUUCGGAUCUUUUCUAUCAAUGGCGUUUGUACGGCAAGACUUGUGAAGGAUGCAUUGGGGAUAUGGUGUCUUGCAUAGUUAUUUCUCUUUCUACGUCUAUCAAUACGUAUGGGUCGUUAUGAUCGCUCGCUACAUUCACGACCGCGAUGAGUUUUUAAUGCCGUUGGUCAUGUAAAAAAAAAAAAGUUGUUUACAACCUCCGCAUCAGUAUAGCAUCUGAAUCUCGAAUACUCACGAAUCAAUGCUGUCUUACACAAUCCACC